AUGACGUAUGUUGUGCCCGACCAACAAGUGCAACAUGGCCUUCAACUGCGGACACCUUCAUCUGUUGAGUCUGGAGCAUCUCCGUAUAGCGCUCAAACAUCGACUGUGGGAGGUCAAGCACCCUUCAAGUUUGUCGAAAAUAGUCUCUGGAAUCGAGUCGUCGAAGAGUCUCUUGAUCCAGGGAACGAUUUAGAAGACUCAAGUGAUACCAGUGAAGACGGGGCGAUGAUUGACAACUCAGGAUUUGCGCUCAUCAAGCAUACCCAUCCCAGCGGCAGGCCUCGCCACCCACCGAUGAAUCGGCUACAUCAACUUUGGGAGAUCUUCGUUAGCAACGUUGAUCCAUUGACAAAAGUGGUACAUGUACCUAGUUUGAGGCCAAUUAUUGAGAAAGCUGCCAAAAGCCCUGAGGUCAUACCGCGGGCGCUCGAAGCACUCAUGUUCGCUAUAUAUGGCUCCGCCGUAAUGUCAUUAAGUCGAGGCGAAUGUGAGCAACGAUUCGCUGAGCCGCGUAACCGUCUGCUCUCUCAAUACAUCUCUGCGACAGAAACAGCAUUAUCACGAGCAAGGGUGAUGGACACCACCAGCAUCGUUAUUCUCCAGGCUCUAGUCAUACAUCUGACGACAGUUCGUGACGUCUAUACGCCACGCGCCAACUGGACGCUUACUGGCGUAGCUGUUCGCAUCGCUCAAGGUAUGGGUCUUGAGCGCGACGGAAAGUAUCUAGGACUAUCUCCAUUCGAAACCGAGAUCCGCCGGCGUAUAUGGUUUCAGUUAAAAUCCCACGACUCCCGGGCUGCCGAGUUGUGCGGUCUCGCGAAAUAUCGAGAUCCCGAUGUCGGUCCUCAACGAGCUGAAUGGCCUACCAACGUCAACGACGAACAGUUAUAUCAUUCCAUGUCUGAGCUGCCACUACAUUCCGACAGACUGACGGAUGCUGUUUUCGUUGUCACAAGGUGUGAGAUGGGAAAGUUCGCUGCGACGCGUGUCGCAGCUCUUCGACAAGAAGGAAAGCACCCCAGUCAGAUGAACCUUGACCACUCGGGAAAGAACAAAGAAGAUCGUGAGAGUAUGAUCCAAGGGCUUGAAGAGGCCAUCGAAACGAAACAUCUUCGCUAUUGUGAUCCGUCUCAACCUUUACACUUCGUCACGAUGCUAGUAGCUCGAUACGGUCUGAAUGUGGCCCGCUUUCUGAUGCAUCAUCCACGAAACUGGGGAAAUUUCGAGCAAACACCGCUUGGGGAGCGCCAAAAGAUCUGGGAAAUUUGUCUCAAGCUUAUUGAACAACAAGUAAUGUUGCAGACCAAUCCUUCCAUCAAGCAGUUUGCGUGGAACGCUCCCUGGUAUCGGCAAUGGCACGCUUUCAUCCACGUACUAGAUAUCCUUCGGGCCGAUCCCGAAGUUAUUGAUGUUAAUCGAGCUUGGCGACUCAUUGGUGAAACCUACGACAACAACCCGGAGAUGAUUGAGGACAUGAGGAAACCCGUUCAUGCUGCUGUGGGCCAUCUAUGCUUGAAGGCAUAUGAAGAUCGGGAGGUGCUGCUUCGUUCAAGAGGUGUGCCCGUAUCAUCGCUGCCUAGCUUCAUAGCACGUCUAUGUCACCAACGCGAUAGCGCAAGGGCGAGACGACAGAAACGCAAUGCGAACAACAGCCAUAUUGCUAGCUCUACUGAUAUAAUCGGGACUAAUACAUGCCAGCUUAGCGGCGGUAUCAUAGCUGACGACGCUGACAUCUUGUUGGAUUUAGCGCACAAUUCACCUCAAACAUCAUCUGGACUUUCUCAGGACCCUGUGUCCGAUGGUACCAAUCCUUUCAUGUCUCCUAACGAUUUCAACGGCCCAAGUCUCGAUAACAUGGAGAUGGAUGGCUUGGACACUUUCUUAGCUGCGGACUACAUUGUAGACGAUAUGACAUUGGAUCCUAUCGACUGGAGCAAAUUAGAUGACUGGCUUGCUCAUGUUACCUGA